AUGAAGGGCAAGGUUUAUCUUGUUGGAUCUCGAUCUAGUCUUGCCAACAGAUUCAAGUUAGAGGCAGUACAAGAUGGUUGCUGCAUUCAUGCAGAAUCUUCAGAUGAUUGUGGUGGCGGCAAUGUUGAGAGUUGUAGCAAUAAUGGUCAAAGUGAUGGUUGUUAUGAUAACAAUAUUGGCAAUGACACAAGUUGUUAUGAUAACAAUAUUGGCAAUGGUGGUGGUGAUGGUGUGUAG